AUGCGAAGACCCUUCUCGCUGCAGGAUCCUCUAAAUCGGCGUUUCUUGGACAAUACAUUCGAAAUCUUGAAUUUUCUGGCCUCUGAACAUGAGUCCGAAAUAUCGAGGAGUCGAGUCCUAGGAGUUCCGGCGGCACUACAUUCCCUGAUUCUAAGGAUUGCCUGUGGGCCAUACUCUGGACAAGAGCUACAGGACUCAUGUUAUGAGUCCAACCUAAGGGAGAGUGUGCAGCAAUGGCAUGAGUGUUUGACUACCAUAUCUGAUGGUACAAACUCGUCGUCACCUUCGAUGACUGAUCUCUACAUUCUUGCAGCUUCGCUUUUAUAUGACUUGCAUGAUCACGACCGGAGUCUUGUAGUCAUGGACUACGCUAAAAGAGUGAACGUGCCGGAUUUCACCAAACUGCCGCUUCGGUCUGUGGAGGAACCUUCGAUAGGAACCAGAUGGCAAGUAGAGUUAGCAUUAGCAUACCUGCGGCACCCAAAUCUGCGCCAAGUUUGCGUCGUCUGUUAUCUAAGUGCAUGGCCUCUGUUCAUCUUCGGCUCUGUUGUCGACAAACCUGAGGAUAUCGACUUCAUAAGGCAGCUAUUGAGAGAUUCACAAGAGGUUACUGGUUAUGGAGAGUUGGGGAGAAUCGAGCACGAAUUGGAACAGGGCUGGCUACGUGCCGACCCCAUUUCUGCCAUGUCUUCAUCUACAUGUGGCACCGUUGAGGGCCUACAACACUCCAGUCUUCGAUAUUCUGGCCUCACUUGA